AUGCCACCUACAGUCUACAUCAUCCGCACUGUCGUUCCACCCCCUAAAAAGCCCUCCUGCUGCCAGGGCGCAGCGCCCUCGGAACCCUCCGACUGGGCCUGCCGGCACCGGGCUGCCGGGGCAGGCUAUAAGAUCCCUGUUAUUGAGAACUUGGGUGCCACUCUGGACCAAUUUGAUGCAAUUGAUUUCUCCGACAAUGAGAUCCGUAAACUGGAUGGAUUCCCUCUAUUGAGAAGGCUGAAAACUCUUCUGAUGAAUAACAAUAGGAUUUGUCGGAUUGGUGAAAGCCUUGAACAGGCUCUGCCCAGCCUGACGGAGCUCAUUCUUACCAACAACAACAUUGCUGAAUUGGGUGAACUGGAUCCGUUAUCAACUAUUAAAUCAUUGACUUACCUGAGCAUUUUAAGGAAUCCUGUAACAAAUAAGAAGCAUUACAGAUUGUAUGUAAUCCACAAAGUUCCCCAGGUCAGAGUGCUGGAUUUUCAAAAAGUGAAACUCAAAGAGCGACAGGAGGCAGAGAAAAUGUUCAAGGGCAAACGGGGUGCACAGCUUGCAAAGGAUAUUGCCAGGAGAUCAAAAACCUUCAAUCCAGGUGCUGGUCUGCCAACUGACAAAAAGAAAGCUGGGCCCUCCCCAGGGGAUGUUGAGGCAAUUAAGACUGCUAUAGCAAAUGCCACGACUUUGGCUGAAGUGGAGCGACUGAAAGGCUUACUACAGGCUGGUCAGAUUCCUGGCAGAGAACGAAAAUCAGGCCCCUCGGAGGACGCUGAAGAAGAAAUGGAAGAAGACACGGUUCCCAACGGAUCUUAGGCGCAGGCCCUGCCCGAGCUCCAUCGCGUCUCCCCACCAGCCCCCUCCUGCCGACCCGCUCUUCUCCCUCCAGCGGGG